UGGAAAAGGGUUGAUACUAUUUGAUUUGAGAGAAAGACACAAUAACGCGUAGCAGCAAACAGUUGAAGUAUUCUUCACUCCAAACAAAGAGUCGAAAAUGUCAGACCCAACGUUGCAGGUACUGGACGGAACGCAACUCACAGGUCUCGAUCUGUCCUUAGGCGACGGUUCAUUCACCGGCGCUCAGAUAAUCGACAUUGCUCAUUCCCGCGCCUCUUCUUCCCUCUUUCGUCUCUCAUUACCCGAUUCUCUCAAAGCCUCUGCUCUCACGCGCCUCCGUACACCUGACGCUGACGCCGACGCCUUCCGCUCCGCUGUGUACGCCUCCGAUAAGGCAUCCGAUGUUCUCCGAGACUACAUCACCGCUGUCGCCGAUGAACUAAAAGAAAAUCCUCUUGUUGUGUCAAUCUUGGAUGGUAGUACUCUACGUUUGUUGUUAAAGGAUGAGGACGACUUCGCCAUGUUAGCAGAAAGUCUAUUUACCGAAUUAGAUGAUGAAGAUGAGGGGAAAAUCAGCAAGAGUGAAAUUCGGAACGCUCUUGUCCAGAUGGGAGCUGAGAUGGGUGUUCCUCCUUUCUCAGAAUUUCCAAAGCUAAAUGAUUUAUUGAGAAAGCAUGGGGCGGAUGGAGAAGAAAAAUUGGGUCAGGCACAGUUUGCACAGCUUCUGCAGUCUGUAAUGCAAGAUCUAGAGGAGGAACUUUCGAAAGAGAAUGUUGUUGUUAUCCGGAAUAUUCAAGUAGUUAAUGGCUCUAAGCUAAGAAAGCUAUUAGCCAAUGAACAGGAAUUGAACACUGUAGUGGAGAAGGUAUUUCGGGAAAGAGUGGAUGGAAGGGAUGGCUUAAGGAGCACAGAAAUAAUAAGGAGCUACCUAGAGAAAAACGCAAAGGAAUUGGGUCUACCGCUAGUUCAAGCUGAGGUGGCAGCUGUUCUUCUUUAUGACGCUGUCUUUGAUGAUAUAGUAACAAAAGAAAAAGAUGGUACCGAAUUAGAUAAAGAAGAGUUGGGAAAACUUGUGAAGGAUAUACUCCAAAAAUUCGCAGAGCAACUUGAGGCUAACCCUGUGCAACAGGACUUGUCAUAUAUUGAAGAAGAGUAGAGUUAAUGGACCACAUUUCAUGUUAUAUUUGAAACUUUGCUUCAUUACAGAACAUUUGGGAUUCGCUCCCCUUCUCCUUCUCCCCUAUGGCACCCAAACUUCAGCUAUAUAUAAUAUAUAUAUGUAUACUGUAUACUGAAUUAUACUUAAUGUGAAUUGUGGGGUUGCCUUAA